AUGGCACAAACUGGAAUUAUGAUUUUUCUACUCGUAAGCUUACUACUGCUGGAUCAGACCAUCAGCCAGGCUUCCAAAUUCAAAGCCAGGAAGCACAGCAAACGUAGAGUGAAAGAAAAAGAUGACCUGAAGACCCAGAUUGACAAACUGUGGCGAGAAGUAAAUGCUCUGAAGGAAAUACAAGCACUCCAGACAGUGUGUCUUCGCGGCACCAAGGCCCACAAGAAGUGCUACCUCAUGUCAGAAGGCACCAAGCACUUCCACGAGGCCAAUGAGGACUGCAUAGCCAAGGGGGGGACCUUGGCUAUCCCAAGGAACAGCGAGGAGACCAACAUCCUUCGAGAUUACGGCAAGAAAAGCGUGCCCAGCGCGUCCGAGUUUUGGCUGGGUAUCACCGACAUGGUCAACGAAGGGAGGUUUGUGGAUGUCAAUGGCAUGGCUCUGCAGUACUCCAACUGGGACCGUGCCCAGCCCAACGGGGGCAAGAGGGAAAACUGUGUCUUCCUGUCCCAGUCAGCCCAGGGCAAGUGGGUGGAUGAAGUCUGCCGCACUGCCAAGAGAUACGUUUGUGAAUUCCUGAUCCCAUAAUUACACACAAAAGACCACUGCCAUGUUUUGGGUUAUCAACACACAUUUUUGCUUAGUAACCCCUCCCACUUACAGAGUGGUGAGUUAAAACUAUCCUUCUCCUGCCUUGA